UCACAGGGUGCACAUCAAGCGAUUACAAGGCACCACUAAAGAAAGUGGGGAUGGGAGUGAGGUGUGUGUGUGACAGAAUGCUGGCCAAGAUGGACUUGUGAUCUGACCUAGUAAAUGGCAGUUCUUAUGUUCUUCAACUGUUAAGAAGAAAUUGAGAUAACAAGGUUGAUCCGAAAGACUAUAUGUUUUCUGGACUUAAAGAUGAAACUGUGGGCCGCUUACCUGGAAAAGUUGCAGGACAACAAUUUGUCCUUCAAGAGUGUGAGAACUGUAACAUCUACAUCUUUGAUCAUUCUGCUACCAUCACUAUUGAUGACUGUACAAACUGCCGAAUCUUUUUAGGACCCAUAAAAGGCAGUGUGUUUUUCCGUGACUGCAAAGACUGUAAGUGCAUAGUAGCCUGCCAACAGUUUCGCACCCGGGACUGCAGAAAGUUAGAGGUGUUCUUGUGCUGUGCUACCCAACCCAUUAUUGAGUCUUCCACAGGCAUGAAAUUUGGCUGUUUCCAGUACUACUAUCCAGAGCUGGCUCUACAGUUCAAAGAUGCAGGCCUUAGUAUCUUCAAUAACACGUGGAGCAACAUCCAUGACUUCACACCUGUGUCAGGAGAAAACAAUUGGAGUCUUCUGCCUGAAGAUGUUGCAGUUCAUGAUUUUGUCCCUCUGCCAACUUCUGAAGAACUGAAAGGAGUCAGAAUUUCUACAGAUGCCACAAGGAGCAUCAUUCCAAUAACUAGGGGGCAAAGGCGGAAAAGCAGUGAUGAAUCAUGUUUGGCCGUAUUGUUUGCUGGUGACUACACAACAGCAAAUGCCAGAAAGUUAAUUGAUGAAAUGACUGGAAAAGGCUUUGUAUUGGUUCAAACUAAGGAAGUUUCAGUGAAAGCUGAGGAUGCUCAAAGAGUUUUUCAGCAGCGUGUAUCUGAAUUUAUUCCAUUGCUUGAAAAAGGCCCUGUGGUUGCUUUGGAGUUUAAUGGGGAUGGUGCUGUAGAAGGAUGUCGAAGCAUUGUAAAUGAAGUUUUCAGUGGAACCAAGAUUUUUGUAUCAGAGGACAAGACAUCAGCUUCUCGAGAUGUAGACAACUUCUACAACUUUGCUGACAUGCAGAUGGGAAUGUGAAGUAUACUAUCCAACCCGUCUCGCUGCUUGGAUGUCAUUUAACUAUAACACUGCAUCAGUAGCAAGGUUUUCCUAAUUUGAUUUUUUUUUUUUUGGUAUUGCAUGUUUUUAUACAAGAAUUGGUAAAUUUCAAUACUGUAACAUGAAUUACAGUAAAGAAUGUAGUUUCACAUGUACAUUUAGUACCUGCAAACAAUGUCAGAAGCAACAGUUUUCUAGUAAUUCAUGUGGAGUUUUUGUUUGUUUGUUUUUUCUAAGUGAUUCUUAACUGGAACUUUAUAUUGACACAUGAGCAUUCCUUGUAAAUCAUCUUCUACUUGUAUGGUUUUUAAUAUGUAGAUGUAAUGUAGAACCAAAUGUGAUAUAUUGUUAAAUGGAACUUAACUAAAACACAUUAUUGCAAAUAAUGUAUGUAAAUGGUGCAUUAUAAACUGUAGAGUUUACAUAUUUUCCAUGCCCCCAUGUUAAAUUUUGUCUUAAUCAGGAAAAAGUAGUUGCUGAUCUUAUUUGGGGUUUUAAUCUGGAACUUUCUCUUUGAAGUGUGCUUUGCUCCAGUCUUUUCUUUAUAUAAUUGUAUAUGGAAACAAUGUUCCAGCGCUGUAUACCAAGUGGACUAACCAGUAGUAUGGUAGAUUUUGCAAAACCUGAUCUUUUAUAUUCUAGAACAUGAGUCUUGGAGCUGAGAUGCAGGUACUUGGUGUCCACUGGAGACAUUAUCUAGAGGAGUUAAAGUAAUUCUUGGAUCACAUGGGAGGGGAGAUUACUGCUUUUCCUUGUAUCCCAAUUACUAUAAUGGAUUUCUGGCAGCUUCUGUAGUCAAUUACUGGGACUGUAGAACAGCCUAGAGUAGGGGAAGUGGUUUAAAGUAGCAUUCUUUGUAUGCUUACAGCAGAAUCAUAGGUACAAGGAGAAGCAUCACUGAAUUAUUAGUUGUAGGUAGUUUUACACUUUUAACUAAUAUUGGAUUGUUUCUAGAAACAGACCAAGAAAGCGUAUGAGGUCUGUAGCAGAUCAGGUGAUGCUUUCUGCAAUGUAGUAAACCUUGAUGAAUGUGGACACACCUCAGGCAUGGUGGUGGCUUCUAGAAUAUUGGGUCUUGAAGAUCUGCAAGAUUCAGAUUCACAUUGGGGUUUCACAUGCCCUCUGAGUCGCAUGUGGUAUAAAUUAUUGCACUAAUAUUGUGUGCAGGGAUGCAAAACCACAACGUUUUAAAAGCAAAUACAUGCACCAGCGAGCCACAGUGUUGUGUGCCAACUUUAUAAAAAAGAAAAUCUCAUUGCUAGAUGACCAAACUGUUUCAAAAAGACUUUGAUAGUUGGACUAAAAGUAAUUGUUUGGGAUAGUGGGUCUCUGCUGCCUCAGCUUCUGUAUGCCAAAGAUUGCUUAAUGAGAUAUUAUACUUGCACAGACCGAUCCCAAGGGAAAAAAAGCAAGAGUGUUUACUGUUUUCCUUAGUUGGUGUAGAGAGUUGGUGCAAUUUUUGGGUCCUGAACCCUGCAAUGUUUGCUGUGGCAUGCCCUGGAUCUAAAUUAAUACAGAUAAUGUGCCCUUAAAGAUUGAAAGGAAAAACACUUGCUCCAUCUCCAUAGUAGUAGUUUUUAUUUUGUAUUAUUAUUAUUUUUUACUGCUUUGCAAAACAUUACAUGUGCUGAAGAUCAGAUUUUUCAAAUGUUGGUUUGUCUCUAAUGCAGGAGAGCACCUACUAACACAAAGCUAUAUUAAUAUGGGAGUUCUGGAGGGACUGUGAGGUGGGAGGGAAAAACCUAUUACUGUAGUAAGUUGUGUUUGUUAUGUGUUCAGAAUUUCUACAAAUGUAUCUGUCUCCCUAACCUCAGCACUACACUUUAGAAAUCCACCCAGUACAUUUCAAAAGUCUUUAUGUAACUUUUUGUAAAUUCUCCUCAAACCCUUUGUGACCUGUAAGUAUGGGCAUGCAGUAUGUAAAUGAGGAUUUAGUUCUUUUUAUUUUUGUAUCUUGUCCACAGCACUUCCUACUUUCAGAUCAGGCUGAAUAUUUUUGGUUAUGUACCUGAAUAAUUUCUACUUGAAAUUGACCCUAUGGAGGCUUAACUUUAGGCUUGAAACAUUGGGAAACUUUUUAUAACUUUAGAAAAGUGCUGUUUUAUACAUUGGCUGUAAUAGGUAUCACCAUCAAGGCAGUGUGUAGAUGUUUUUUUUUCCUGUAUAAAAAGUUUAAAUAGCAAAUGAAGUUCAUUUACUGUCUUCAUUAAACUCCUGCUAAUAAUUUAGGAAUAAGAUGCCUUCCUAAUAAUAAAAUAAGCUCUCAUCAAUUUCUGUAUGUAUUGUGUUUCGGUACAAGCUUCAUGCAGUUUUUGUAUACUUACUGUACAGCUUUUAUAUGUAACUUUUGUCUUGCAUUUGUGAAUGUGAUUCAUAAUAAAUAUGGAAAAUUAAA